UACUCAAACAUUCUUGUCUAUAUUCGAUUCUACACUUUUUCUCUUCUCCUCUUCUUCUUCUUCUUUCCCACCCUCCUCAUUCCUGCCUGCAUUCUUCUUUUUCCCCCUUCUCCCUGGGCGUCACUAGAAACUCCCCAGGCCACUUUACCAACAAUGUACCUCCGCACCUCCUCCUCCUCCUCCCUCCUCGCCCUCUUCACUGCGGCCAUAACCCUCCCUUCCACCACCCUCGCCUCCUUCGGCGUCACAAAAGCCAAAGACAGCAUCACCGUCGACACGGGCUCCACCACCGACCCUUUUCUCUUCACCGUCAACACGCUAAACUGCGACAUCACAUCCCUCAAGUACGCCGGCGAAGAAUUCCAAUGGCCCGUCAAAGGCUCCCAAAUUGAAAUGGGCCUCGGCUCCGCCACCGUCACAUACGAUACCAUUGGCACCCAGUACAUCAAAGUCACGUGCACCACGCCCACGCUGACGCAGUACAUGGUGAUCAAGGCCGGCGACACCACCAUCUACAUGGCGACGGAUAUUACGGCCGAGCCCGAUGUUGGCGAGUUGCGGUUUAUAGCGAGGUUGGAUAGUAUCAAGUUGCCGCUGAGCUAUCCGUUUGGGAUUGUGUCGACGACGGCGAAUUCGACGGCGACGGUUGAGGGGUCUGAUGUUUUUGUCGUGGAUGGCCAGACGAGGAGUAAGUUUUACUCGAGUGAUCGGUUUAUUGAUGAUGCUGUGCACUGUGUAUAUCGGGAUACAAAUGCGAUUCACGCUUGUUUGUUGAUGGAUUCGUAUUCGUACGAAACGUCUGCGGGUGGACCGUUCCAUCGCGAUAUCAACACGAACAACGGCGGGCCUUCGAAUUCGCUUACUUUUUACAUGAAUAGCAAUCAUGUUCAGUUGGAAAAGUAUCGUAUGGGUAUGAAGGGUCCGUAUGCCCUUUCCUUCAGCCGGUCCAGCAUCCCCAAAGGUGGGUCAAGCAUGGACACGACAUUCUUCAAGGACCUCUCGAUUCCAAACUACGUGGCGCCCUCAGGCCGCGGCACAGUAACAGGCAAAGCAACAGGUGUGGCUUCAACCUCGCAAGCAGUCGUCCACUGGUACAACGAUGCAGCACAAUACUGGGCCUACGCUUCCUCGUCGUCGGGAACUUUUACUUCGCCCGCCAUGAAACCCGGAAACUACACCCAAGUGCUGUACCAAGGCGAAUUCAAAGUAAAAGCCACGAGCGUAACCGUAGCAGCAGGGCGCACGACAACGGCAAACAUAGCCGCAGACACGGAGCCCAAGACGUCGCUGUGGCGCAUCGGCGAGUGGGACGGCCAGCCCAAAGGCUUCCGCAACGCAGACAAGCAGCUCCGCAUGCACCCGUCUGAUUCGCGCAUGGCGUCCUGGGGACCCCUCACCUAUACCGUGGGCUCCAGCACGCUCGACAGCGUGCCCAUGGCCCUGGUCAAGGACCUCAACCCUUUGACCAUCAACUUCACCGCAACGCAAAAGAACACUGCAGCACUCACGCUGCGCGUCGGCACUACGCUCGCGUUUGCGGGCUGCCGUCCCGCCGUGACGGUGAAUACUAGUUUCAGUGCCCCGUUGCCUGCUGCGCCGACCAAGAUUGCCUCGCGGGGCUUCACCCGAGGGGCGUACCGUGGGUUUGGCGAGGUCUACAAUUACGCUAUCCCUGCGGGCACGCUCGUCGAGGGCGCCAAUACGAUUCGCAUCAGCUGUAUGAGCGGUGAGUCUGGAACGGGCUUCUUGGCUCCCAAUGUCAUUCUCGAUGCGAUAGAGUUGCUGGAGUGAAAAGAAGAAAAAAAAAACAGGGCAAGCGGAGUGUUUUGGUAGUAGUAUGUGUAAUAAACAUGGUUUGAGGAA